UCCGGCCCGGUGCGUUGCCUAGCGAACUCGCCACGCCAAAACCGCUCUUAUUGUUCAAGACUUGACAAGACUUAAAAACUAAAGCAACAUGAGGGAAUGCAUCUCAGUCCACAUCGGGCAAGCCGGCGUGCAGAUCGGCAACGCCUGCUGGGAGCUGUACUGCCUGGAGCACGGCAUCCAGCCGGACGGGCAGAUGCCCUCCGACAAGACGCUGGGCGGCGGGGACGACUCCUUCAACACGUUCUUCAGCGAGACCGGCGCGGGCAAGCAUGUGCCGAGGGCUGUGUUCGUGGACCUCGAGCCUACUGUAGUGGACGAGGUCCGCACGGGCACCUAUCGCCAGUUGUUUCACCCAGAACAGCUUAUCACUGGCAAGGAAGACGCCGCCAACAACUAUGCGAGGGGCCACUACACCAUCGGCAAGGAGAUCGUUGACGUCGUGUUGGAUAGGCUCAGGAAACUUGCUGACCAGUGCACUGGACUGCAGGGAUUCCUCGUGUUCCACUCGUUCGGUGGAGGCACCGGCUCCGGGUUCACGUCCCUGCUGAUGGAGCGCCUCUCCGUGGACUAUGGGAAGAAGUCCAAGCUGGAGUUCUCCAUCUACCCUGCACCACAAGUAUCAACAGCAGUAGUAGAACCCUACAACUCCAUUCUCACGACGCACACAACGCUGGAGCACUCGGACUGCGCCUUCAUGGUCGACAACGAAGCCAUCUAUGACAUCUGCAGGAGAAACCUCGAUAUUGAGAGGCCGACAUACACCAACUUGAAUAGGCUUAUAGGACAGAUCGUAUCCUCCAUAACCGCGUCCCUCCGCUUCGACGGCGCCCUCAACGUGGACCUCACGGAGUUCCAAACGAACCUGGUGCCCUACCCGCGUAUACACUUCCCGCUCGCUACUUACGCGCCCGUCAUCUCCGCGGAGAAAGCGUACCACGAGCAGCUCACUGUCGCUGAGAUCACUAACGCGUGCUUCGAGCCGGCUAACCAGAUGGUAAAAUGCGACCCACGUCACGGCAAAUACAUGGCGUGCUGCAUGUUAUACAGAGGUGACGUAGUACCAAAGGACGUGAACGCAGCCAUCGCGACCAUCAAGACCAAACGGUCCAUACAGUUUGUGGACUGGUGUCCUACUGGGUUCAAAGUGGGCAUCAACUACCAGCCACCGACGGUGGUGCCGGGCGGCGACCUCGCCAAGGUGCAGCGCGCUGUGUGCAUGUUGUCCAACACAACCGCCAUUGCAGAGGCUUGGGCCAGGCUCGACCACAAAUUCGAUCUAAUGUACGCAAAGCGCGCUUUUGUACAUUGGUACGUUGGCGAAGGUAUGGAGGAGGGAGAGUUCUCUGAGGCUAGAGAGGAUCUCGCAGCGCUUGAGAAGGACUAUGAGGAGGUCGGGGUCGAUUCCACUGAGGGGGAACUUGAUGAGGAUAAUGAAUAUUAGAGGGGAGGCUGUGAUGUGCGAUUUAUAUGAGAGAUAGAGAGAGACAAAGGAAUAUUGCCUAUACCAUAGAGAUAAUAUAAAUAUGUACUUAAUUAGCUGUGAAUAGAGAAUACUUCAUAGAGGGAAUCAGUAUUUUGUCUCGUUCUG